ACCCUUUCCCAAAUCCGCAAGCACCACAACGGUCCGGAGUACCUAAAUCACCACCGCAAGCUGCUCCAAAAUCAACUGCCUUAAGGCCAUCUCCAAGUUCUCAAAGUUCUCAAAGUGUACCAGCUGAAACUGUCGAUUCACCUCCUCCAACAAUACCAACAACAUUACCU